CCCUACAAAAUCAAUUUACACCUCUCAGACUCAAACAACUUUACAAUGGCUUUCCACUCCCGGCGACUUUACUACUUCCCAGCUCUUCUCGCGGUGGUUCUCCAACUUCUGCAUGGUGUCUCCGGCCAACUUGUUGUGGUUGAGGAACCUGUUUCUACUCCUCCGCCUCCAUUAGUUGUGGCUGAGGAACCUAUUUCUGCUCCUACGCCCCCAUUAGUGGACCAAUCCAGCGGGGAUGGCCUUGUGCCGGCUCUGUUUGUCUUCGGUGACUCUCUCAUAGACAAUGGGAAUAACAAUAACAUCCCUUCGUUUGCUAAAGCCAAUUAUUUUCCUUAUGGCAUCGACUUCAAUGGCGGUCCGACCGGUCGGUUUUGCAAUGGCUUAACCAUGGUCGAUGGGAUUGCUCAGCUAUUGGGGCUGCCAUUGAUUCCGGCGUACUCGGAAGCUACCGGAGAUCAAGUUAUUCGUGGUGUCAACUACGCUUCUGCAGCCGCGGGGAUUCUUCCUGACACCGGAGGAAACUUCAUGGGGCGCAUACCGUUCGACCAGCAGAUUCAUAACUUCGAGACAACGUUAAAUCAGGUGGCGAGCAAGUCCGGUGGUGCAGUGGCCAUUGCAGACUCGGUGACUCGAAGCUUGUUCUUCAUCGGAAUGGGAAGCAACGACUAUCUCAACAAUUACUUGAUGCCCAAUUUCCCUACCCGUAACCAAUUCAACGCCCAACAAUUCGGCGAUCUCUUGGUUCAGCAUUACGCCAACCAGCUCACCAGACUGUAUAAUCUUGGUGGUAGGAAAUUUGUAGUGGCCGGACUUGGGAGAAUGGGAUGCAUUCCGAGCAUUCUGUCUCAAGGAACCGACGGUAAAUGCUCGGCCGAAGUGAACCAGCUUGUUCUUCCUUUCAACACAAACGUCAAAACAAUGAUCUCUAAUCUCAACCAGAAUCUCCCGGAUUCUAAGUUCAUUUACCUCGAUAUCGCUCAAAUGUAUGAAGACAUCAUCGCUAACCCAGCGACUUAUGGUAAUUAA